AUGGCCGGUGCCGGCGGCGGUGAAGCAGCGGGCGUCGUGGGGGGCGGCGAGUGGCCCUUCACGGCCGACGACGCGUACUACGCCGACUCCUCGGCGGUGUUCGCGGAGCUCACCGGGUGCUGGGCCGCCGCCGGCGGGACGACGACGGAGGAGCUGAUGAUGUCGAUGAUGCUGCCGCCGCUGGAUCCGCCGGAGGAUCAUGGGGGCACACCGCCGCCGCCGCCGCCGCCGCCCUGCUGCUUGUCGGAGGAGCAGGCGGCGGUACUGGCGACGACGACGGUACUGACGCCUGCCGGGUCCGCCGUGUCGGUGGAUGGCGGCGCGUCGUCGGCCAGCUCCACCGACGAUGGCGCCGCCGCGGCGCAGGAGGAGGAGGACGACGACGGGGCGCCGGCCGCCGCUGCAGCCACCGAGGCAGCGAGCAAGCCACCGGCGCCGGGGAAGACGAAGUCAUCGUCGGCGGGACAGAAGCGGGCGCGGCAGCCACGGUUCGCUUUCAUGACCAAGAGCGACGUGGACCACUUGGAGGACGGAUACCGAUGGAGGAAGUACGGACAGAAGGCCGUCAAGAAUAGCCCCUUCCCAAGGAGCUACUACCGGUGCACCAACAGCAAGUGCACGGUGAAGAAGCGGGUGGAGCGCUCCUCCGACGACCCAUCCGUCGUCGUCACCACCUACGAGGGCCAGCACUGCCACCACACCGUCGCCUUCCCGCGUGCCCACCACCUCCACGCCGCCGCCGCACUCGCCGCCGGCCACCACCACAUGCCAUUCCAAUUCUCUGCCUCCGCGCACAACCACCACCACCACCUCUACGGCGGCACCACCAGCGGCGUCACCGACCACGGCCACCUGCCGCCGCUGCUCCUCCCGACGACACCCGCGCCGCCUCAGCAGAGCGCUCUCAACAACAGCGACAGCAACCUAAGGCCGCCGCCGCUGCACUGCAGCCACCAGGACCUGCUGCUGGCGGCAGCGGUGGCGGCAGCGGCGAGUUAUCCCUUGUCGUCCUCAGCUGCGAUGUCGUCGAUUCCAGUGGCUUCCGUGUCAACGACGACGACGACUUCGUUGCCGCCGCCGCCGGUUAGCAGUGCUGCUGCUGCUCCGGCGGCCGUCGACAAAGGGCUUCUUGACGACAUGGUGCCGCCGGCGAUGAGGCAUGGAUAG